AUGAUUAUUCCUUCAUGUUUUAGUAAUCCCACUUCUGCUUCAAGCAGCCCCUCUUCAUCAUCUGCGUCUCAAAAUCUGGUUACAUGCAUUUAUCAAACUAGGAUUUUGGGCUCACCCAUUCACCUCACUCUUACUUGGUCCAAGAUUCUGUUUUCCCAUUCACUCACUAUCCACGCUGCAGAUGAUGAUAUGUUCUCCAUCACCCUUCCUCUCCAAGCUUCAACUUUCUCGUUGUUCCAGUCCCGGUCCGGGUCAAAGACGGUUCAGGUCGGUUCUCAGAAGAAGAUGAAGGUUUACUGGGAUUUCACGCGGGCAAAGUACGCCGAGAACUCGGCAGAGCCAGAGUCCGGGUUCUAUGUUGCUAUUAUUUCCCAUUCCAAGCUGGAAUUCUUUCUCGGGGAUCGGGUCAGGGAGCUCGUCCAGCGGGCCGGGCCGGGCUUGGCACGUUGCUCGCCGGCAGAGCGGGCCGGGCCGGGCGUGGCGGGUGGUGGGGUGGGGGAGCCCACAUUGUUGUCGAGGCGGGAGCACGUGUUCGGGCGGCGGAUGAGUUAUAAUACCCGGGCUGUGUUAUUAGGAACCAAACAUGAAUUUGGGAUAGAGUGUGGUGGGGGAGUGUUGAAAGUGAAAGUGGAUGGGGAAGUUAGACUAGUGGUGAAGAGGCUUGCGUGGAAGUUUAGGGGGAAUGAGAGGAUUUUAGUGGGGGGAAUGGAAGUAGAGUUUUACUGGGAUGUGUUCAAUUGGGUCUCAAAAUGUGACAACAAUAACAAUAACAAUAAUAAUAAUAAUAAUAAUCAUAAAUUUGGGAAAGGGCAUGGUGUGUUUGUGUUCCAAAUUGGCGAUGUCGGGGUUUGGCCAGAAAUGGUGGGUGUGGAGAAGAAAUUGGUUAGGAAAAGCUUGUCGUUGACGACUGACACGGCGGUACCACCAUCGUCCCCGCUCUCGUUGUCGCCGUCAUCGCUAUCGCCUUCGUGCUCCAGCGUGUUGCAAUGGGCAGAGGAGAGCAGUGACUGUGGACGAAGCUCAUGUUCAUCAAGUAGAUACUCUAGUGGGGGUUUCACUUUGCUAUUGUAUGCUUGGAGGAAAGCUUGA